CCCCAAUUCCCUUGCCCUGAGCGCGAGUCCUGAGCCCUAACCCCACGCCUCCCAGGCUCCCACCCCCAAUCGAAACUCUCAGUCUCAGCCUCUCCCAAUCGCGCUCUGCCGCUCUCCUCUCAGAAUCGCGCUCUCCUUGGUCUCGCUCUCCUCUCUAUAGUGGCGCUCUCCUCUCUCGGCGGCGAACCCACGUUCCUCCCAGUCUGCCGCCACGUUCUUCGCGGACAGAGCACCACGAAGCUCCAGCCACAGCCUGAACGACCCUCGCACACAACAGUAGCAGCCUAGCAGAGCGCGACCCUCAUCCCUUGCACCCAGCGCCAGCAGUAGCAGAGCGCGACCCUCAUCCCUCGCACCCAGCGCCACCAGUCACCGAUUCAAGUCUCCUAUCCACUGAUUCAACACAGCACCCAGCCACCCACCAGUCACCGAUUCAACAUAGCACCCACGUUCCUCCCAGUCUCACACCCAGCCACCGAUUCAAGUUAGGCAUGGAGCCUGAGCCACCGAGUCAGGUAUUGUUGCUGGAUAAAUUAUUGUUGCUUGUUAAAUUAUUUUUGCUAGAAAAACCAGUAGCCAUUUGGUCCUUCAACACAAUGUUAUAUUCAUCAAAUGAAGAGCUUCGAAACUCAUCAUCUGACUUUUGGUGUGCAGUUCUCUCUUCUAGGAAAGAGUUUGACGCCAGUUCAAGUGAGAAUAUGGGCGAAUUCGGAUUGCCGCCAGUUCCUCUUCCGAAUGAAUCCACAAGCAUCAGAUCUCCGAGUGCAUUGUUCAGUGCUGGUUCUGUGCUUAAUGAUUUAAACUUCAGCUGCUUGUUUAUUGCUGGUUCUCUGCUUGAUUUAAACUUCAGUUGAGUUUAUUGCUUUUUGUUGAGGACUUGUUGGAAUCAGUUUAUUGAUGCUGCAAUAUUGUUCAGUCUAUUUUAUUUUUUCAAUCUAUUUUAUUGUUCAGUUUAUUGAAAUCAGUUUAUUGUUCAUUUUAUUGUUCUUUGUUCAUAUUAUUGAUGCUGGAAUAUUGUUGGAACAAGUCACACUUUGAUCUUCAAUUAUUCUUAUUAGAUGUCAAGUGUAAUUUCCAAUAUAAUAUCUUCUUUGAGCAGAAGGUGGUGUUAUGGUAGUAUUUUUUUUAAUUGAUUGAAAAAAACCGAACAAACCAAACCAAACCAAACCGAAUUUAAUUGGUUUGGUUUGGUUCGGAUAGCUUCGAAGAAAAAACCGAACCAAACCGAACCGCACUUUAAUUAAACGAUCGGAUCGAAUGACUUUUCUCUCAAAAACCGAACCAAACCGCACCGCGAACACCCCUAAUGCUAUAUAUCACAACAACUACUGUCACUUCUAUAAAUGUACACAAGUUUAUAUAUUUCUCUUUUAUUCAUGACACCUUAGCAAU